GAAGUUAACAGGCUUCCCAUAGUGCCUCGCGAGUGGUGGGCAUGAUAGCGAACCCGGGACGGUGGUACGCGGGUUCAGCUUGUCGUUGUUGGGGUUCUGUUGUGCCAGGGGGCUCCACGAGGUUGGGGCCCGGUCACUGCCUUGUCGGCGGGUGCAAUGGCGCUUCUUCGGGGCGUGUGGGGCGUGCUGAGUACACUGGGCAAGUCCGGAGCGGCUCUGUGCGCGGACUGUGGGAGUCGACUGCGCUCUCCCUUCAGUUUUGUGUAUGUCCCGAGAUGGUUUUCAUCCACCUUGAGUAGUUAUCCAAAGAAGCCUAUGACUUCAUACGUUCGAUUUUCUAAAGAACAGCUACCCAUAUUUAAAGCUCAGAACCCAGAUGCAAAAAAUUCAGAACUAAUUAAAAAAAUCGCCGAGAUAUGGAGGGAACUUCCUGAUGCAGAGAAAAAAAUAUAUGAAGAUGCCUAUAAGGCAGACUGGCAGGCAUACAAAGAAGAGAUCAACAGAAUUCAAGAACAGCUAACUCCAAGUCAGCUGGUAUCUUUGGAAAAAGAAAUCAUGCAAAAACGUUUAAAAAAGAAAGCGAUAAUAAAAAAGAGAGAGUUAACAAUGCUUGGAAAACCGAAAAGACCUCGCUCAGCUUAUAACAUUUAUAUAUCUGAACGCUUUCAGGAAGCUAAGGAUGGUUCAUCACAGUUAAAGCUGAAGGCUGUAAACGAAAGCUGGAAAAAUCUCUCUAGUUCUCAAAAGCAAGUAUAUAUUCAACUUGCUGAAGAUGAUAAAAUUCGUUAUUAUAAUGAAAUCAAAUCUUGGGAAGAACAAAUGGUUGAAGUUGGACGUAAUGAUCUUCUCCGUCGCAAAAUGAUGAAGCCCCAGGCAAAAAGCACUGAGAAGAGUUAAAUAGAAGAUUAUGUUCAUAAUGGAUAGUUACAAGAAACAAAUUAGGUCUCAAUACCUGAAACUUGUUGUAAAAUUAGAAAGGAUAAAGGUGGUAAACAUUUUA